ACUACAGUGUUCAGUACAUGUUACACGAUAAAAUUGUUUUUCGUAACACGUUUGUCACGUAUAUUUUCAUAAUUUUUUACAGAAAACAACUUGAAAUAGGUGUAGAACGCGAUAUUCAACGACAAGAACGGAAUAAAAUAAAAUCGCUGUUAAAACAACAAACACAGUUGGCGGAUCAGUUGCGAGAACCAUCAAAAAACGAACAAAAUCUUCAAACCUUAUAACAUUAAUUUCGCUGUCGACUUUAGGUUAGGUUAGAUUAUACAAUAUCAAUGAACAUAAUGACUACAGAAGAACCAACAGAACCAGAUUUGAUUUGUGUAGAAGAAAGUCUUAUGAGUUUAGAAAAAUUAGAUAGAGCAUCACCAGAUUUAUGGCCUGAACAAAGUGUAAACGAAUUUGUAGCUCAAAAUUCACCUCAAACAGAACCAUCUGCUUGGGCUGCUGGUCUCACUCCAGAUGAUAUAAAUCAGUUACAUCAAUUAGGAAAUUUGUCAAUGGGUGGUUUAAUAUCUGAAGUAAAAAAAUUACAUGAUAUGGCAUAUCAAUUAGGAUUGGAAGAGGCAAAAGAGAUGACUCGUGGAAAAUAUUUAAACAUUUUCAAGCAUAAAUAGCAAAAGUUUGAUUAAAGAUGAUUAUAUAAUCCAUGUUACGUAUUUCUGUACAUUAACAAAGACUGAUGGAAAGCUGGUGGUUACAUUGCAGUUGGAACUAUAUGAUAAAAUACCUAACUGAAAUUUAUGUAAAUAUAUAAUUGUAAUUUUAUAUAUAAAUAUAUGAUUUAAUUAUAUACAUAAAAUUUCGUAAAAUAUCAUGAAUAAAUAGUAAAUUUUUACCAAAAAA